AUGAAGAAGGAGAAGAAGAAGGAGGAGGCGGAGAAGGAAGUGAAGAAGGAGAAGAGGGUGAUCGACGAUAAAGACAGACACAAGCCGUACGAGACGGCGUGGGCGCCAGUCGAUGACGUGUAUGUGAUGAGGUUACCGAGGACGAUCCACGGUGCGGCGGACGCCAUCGACCUCCUGAAGAACUUCCAGGUUUUAGACUUCACGCCCAAAAAUCAGGCGGUUUUCAUCGACCUGAAGCUCGACAUGAAGCUGGAGAAGAAGAAAAGAGUCGACCAGUUCGUCAGCGUCGUUCACCUUCCUCAUCCCUUCAGGACGACGGAGAACAAAGUUUUAGUUUUUACUGAAGACGAGGAUCAGGUGAGAGAAGCUCAGCUUCACGGAGCGAUGUUAGCUGGAGGAGCAGAGCUCAUUCAGCCGAUCCUGGAUGACGAGAUUUCUGCAGAUUUUUACGUGGCUGUUCCAGAGAUUCUGCAGAAACUCGUGGCGCUGAAAAGCAAACUGAGGAAGAAGUUUCCAAAGAGCAAACGAGGGUCAGUGGGCGUCGACGUCCCUAAAAUGUUGGAUUUAUUUAAAACGGGUCACGAGUACCUGGUGGAGGACGAGUGCUACAUCAGGACUCAGAUCGCCACGCUCGACAUGAACAAACAUCAAAUCUAUGAAAACCUAAAAAACAUCGUGAGCGACGUCUGCUCGCACCGACCGGCUGACAAGGGACCGUUCAUCGAGCGUGCGAUCAUGUCGACUCAGGCGAGUGAAGCGUUGUGGUUCAGGAGUGAAGACGUUUUACUGAAAGCAGCCGAUGAGAAGAAGAAGAAGAAGAAGGAGGAGUGACCUUUGUUUGCUGUAGAUGUAUUAACAUAUAUAAACGAUAUAUAAAUCAAUAUAUUGUCUGUUAAUAAUUUAUUGAUUUAUUUACAUUUAUAUAUAAAAUGUGUUUGAAUAAAUGUUCUGUGUUCAAUAAAGUUUCAUCGUUUAAAAUUUGUAUUUAAAAUAAAACAUUUGGGGUUCGAUUCA